AUGCGAUUAUCCUCACAACGACGCCGGGCGGCGCGACGCCCCCAUCCGCUGCGCUCGAGCAUUGCGUCGCUAGCAAUCAUUGCGCCCUCGCUUUCACAUGCCUUCAACAUCACAGCAGCUCCCUCUGCGAACCUCGAUUUCUCCCAGCUGGGGAGCGUAGGCAUUGCCGGAGACUUCAAUGGAAUUUCGCUCUACCAGUUUCAGGAGCAAAUCGCACAGCCCCUGAGCACAAAUGGCAGCGAAUACCUGCUGACACAGUUGCCAAAUGGCGCCCUCGCUCCCAUUGCCGCAACCGACGCGUCGAUUUUGGCCAUGUGCUCAGUGACGCUCAAGGAUGGUGCCGAGGGCGUCUUGUUGGGUGGUAAUUUCACCAGUAUGGAUGGUAUCAAAUCAACGGCCCUCGCCCUCUACAACGCCAACACAACCACGUUUACGCCGCUUGAGGGACUCGAGGGCGAGGUCAAUGCACUGCUGUGCGACGAUGCCAAGGGAAUAGUUUACGUUGAUGGCAACUUCACGAACCUGCCUUUUGCUGGAUUCAAUGCCCCUGUGAGCUCCAUUACAAAGGCAGCCAAUGGCCACAUAAUUUUCGGCGGGAGCUUCACUGGCCUGGGCAACGUUACUGCACCAAACAAGGCAGAUGGACAGGCUAUCAAUCUUUCUACCGCAAAUAUCUCCGCUAACGGCUCCGCUUCGACCAAGGGCUUCGACGACCCCAAGAAUGUCGUCUGUUCUGAUGGUCUUGGGGGCUCAGGCAAGACUUGGUUGGCCCAGGACGAGGCUCCUGGCUCUUGGCAGGCCACCUUUGACUUUGGAUUCGAGCCCACCAAGCUGCGGUUGUGGAAUACGCAUCAGGAUGGACGGGGCACAAAAACCUUCCGCUUCGUCGCCUUACCACUUAACGGCAUCAUGAACUUUACCUAUAUCGAUCCUGCUACAGGAAAAAACUCGAGCUGCACAAGCGAGUGCCCGUUGAGUCACGAUCCCAAGGUUCAGUUCCAAGACUUUCAUUUCGUCAAUAGAAUUGGCAUGAAUUCUUUCCAAAUCGACAUUUCAGAUUGGUACGGAAAGGGAGCUGGUCUCAAUAGUGUGCAACUGUUUGAGGACAACAUGUUCUCCUACGCCAUCAACACUUUCAACGAGCCAGCGUGCAACAUUACCUUCCCUUCCAGCUCCUCCGCAACCGGGCCUUGGAAGCAGUCGCCUUCUUUGCAGAGCGAUUCAAAGUAUCUGACAGCACAGCUUACCGGUCCCAUUUCGUCCAAAUCGGCCUCCGUCGUUUUCGUGCCCAACAUCAUCGAAUCUGGCAAUUACUCUAUCAACAUGUAUACCCCAGGCUGCGUUCCUGAUGGCUCAUGCCAGACUAGAGGUCGCGUCAAUAUCACCGGCAUCAUGUCGAGUGGCACCAUUCAAUCAAACUUUACAACUUCCAUCUAUCAGACCAACAACUUUGACAAGUAUGAUCAGAUCUAUUUUGGUUAUAUCGAAAGAACCUCAGACACCUUCAAGCCAAAGGUCACACUCACUCCCCUCGAUGGCCAAGACUUGAAUGAAAUGACCUUUGUUGCUCAAAAAGUCGGAUUCACUCUUCUCAACUCAACUGGAAACCUCAACGGCCUCUUCGACUUUGACCCAAGUCAAGUAAAGAUUGACACAUCUAGCCUUGACGAUUCGGCAGUCAACCAGCUUGGUGCAAGCUUCGAUCAUAAUACGGGCGUCAACUCUCUUGCAACCUCUGGAGAUGUCACUUAUAUCGGCGGCAACUUUACCUCGGAUGCGCACCAGAAUUUCGUCGCCAUCGACACCAGCGACACGAAGCUAUUCGUAGGCGGAGACUUUACAAACCUGCGAUCCAACGGCAAAAGCGGAUUGAAUCAUGUGGCGGUUUAUGACACCAAGAGCCAGGACUGGAGCCCAUUGGGUGCAGGCGUCAAUGGCAGGGUUGAGCAGGUUGUGGCAUUCCAGGUCAAUAUUAGCGCCGUGACUGAGGAUGCCAUUGCCCUGACAGGUUCCUUCACCGAGUGUGAGGCCUUUAGCGGCUCUCAAGCACUUCCUGUCAGCGGCUUCGCGGUUUGGAUCUUAUCAAGAGACAACUGGUUGCAGAAUCUAGAUGGUCCGACUCCUGACUUUGGUGGCAUGCUCACAGCCUCUCAACUGAACCUCACUACUGGCAAUUCCCUCUUCGCAGGCUCCAUCGAAUCUUCACAAUUGGAGGCCAAUGGUGCCGUGAUGCUGGGCGACCAGGGAUUGGGUCAAUUCCCGGUCCAUCUCCAGCCCGGUAGUCAAUCAACUGGCAACAGGCGACGAGAUCUCUCUGAACAGCCCACGUCCGGUGUUCUCACGGGAGCCUUUUACACCGGAAACAGCAGCAAUAGCAACAUCACAGUCCUCGCAGGUCACUUCUCUGCUCGAGCUUCCGAUGGCUCUACCAUUAAUAAUUUGGUGUUCAUCGAUGGUGCCAACAACAACAGCGUCAGCGGACUCAAGUCUGGCAUAUCCUCAUCAUCCGUCUUCACCAGCGUCGCUUUUCACGGAAGCGUCCUCUUUGCAGGUGGAAAUGUCACCGGCAAUGUUGACGGCAGCAGCGUCAGCGGGUUGAUCGCCUACGACGUUGCUUCCAAAUCAUUCUCCAGCCAGCAACCUGCGUCGCUCCUCGGCGGCAAUCAGACGCUGUCCGUCGUCACUGUUCGGCCCGACACUUCAGAGAUUUACGCAGGCGGCUCGUUCGAGAAGGCCGGUGCUCUGGACUGCCCCGGUGUUUGCACAUAUGAUGCCGACACUGCUCAAUGGUCAAGACCAGGCAGCACCCUGGCUGGACGAGUCAGUAGCUUCAUGUGGUACAGCAAAUCUCAACUCAUUGCUGGUGGUGAUUUGCGUACCAACGGAACCAGCACAGGAUUCCUUGCCCUGUACGAUGCCAACAAGCAGGUUUGGACGGACUUUGCCGGCGCCAGUCAGAUCCCCGGCCCCGUCAACGCCAUCACGGCCGGCUCGAAUGACAACAGUCAGAUCUGGAUCUCCGGUAACUCACCCAACGGAUCUACCUUCAUUAUGAAGUAUGACGGCAAACAGUGGCAGAUCCCUCAGCUGCUACCGCCCGAGGGCAGCGUUGUCCAGAGCUUGCAGGUUUUCACAGUGACUCAGUCCCACGCCAAGUCAAACCUUUUCGAUGACCGGGAGGUAUUGAUGCUCACGGGCUCCAUCCCUUUCCCCAACGUCGGAAUGGCCUCGGCUGUUAUCUACAACGGCACUGACUACCUGCCCUAUGCUCUUACCAGCACGGACACUGGGGCCGGAAGCAUUGCCAGAGUAUUCUCGCAAAAGGACAACUUCUUUACGUCAAGCGGUCACCACUUGCCUCUUGUCUUCGUUGUCCUCAUCGGCCUCGCCAUCUCGCUGGCUCUCAUAGUCAUCCUCGUCGUUUCAGGAAUCGUACUAGAUCGGAUACGCAAGAAGCGCGAAGGAUAUACUCCAGCACCAACGUCCAUGUAUGAUCGUGGAAGCGGCAUUCAACGGAUACCGCCGCGUGAACUACUUGAGCAGCUUGAGAGAACCCGGCCUGGGGAAGCACCGCACGUAUGA